AUGAAAAAGUUGAUAUUAUUGAUUGCUGCAACAUUUGCCGUUGCUUCGGCUAAAACUGAAUCUGAAAUCACUAAGAAAAUGAAAGAAUUCAAAAUUAUACCAGAUAUUAUUCCAAACCAGGUUCCAGAAUUAUUGAAGAUAACAUUUGAUAGCGGAGCAUCUGUUAACAUGGGCAAUGAAAUUACACCCUCGGAAGCAAAAAACCAACCUAAGGUUGAAUGGAAUGCUGAUAAAAAUGCCUUUUACACCAUAGUGUGUUUUGAUCCUGAUGCACCUUCACCAAAAAAUCCUUCUAUAAGUAAUCUUGUAACAUGGUUGGUUGGAAAUAUUUCUGGUAAUGAUAUUGAUUCGGGAUAUGUUCUUGCUGAAUAUUACGCUAUUGCACCACCAAGAGGAAAAGACGCAAACCGAGGAAUCUUCGCCCUAUUCAAACAGCCAAGCAAACUUAAUUUUGAUGAGAAACCAAUUGAUAAAUAUACUAUUGAAGGACGUACUAAUUACCCGUUAAAUGAAUUUACGGAGAAGUACGGAUUGGGUGGACCUGUUGCUGGAAACUUUUAUUUGACUAAAUUUGAUAGUUAUGUGAUGGAAGUUUAUGAUAUGCUAAAUUGUUGUUUCGAAUAUAAUGAACCAGAAGAAUAA